AUGGUUGUAGAUAUAGCUCAAUCUCUACUCCACUCGAAUUCAAUUAAUACUUAUGAAAAAGUCAACGAGAUUGUCUAUCUUGGGUCGUUAAUUAAUAAUGUGAGUGGCUGCACUGAAGAAAUUAUCCGACAUGCUGGAAUGUCUAAAAGUGCAAUGAUCAACUUAAUCAAGACUACUCCGAAUCCCUUGGGCUACCAUGAGGACGAACGAGUCAAUUUUACAAGAGCUCAACAUCACCAAGCGGUUCAAACGAUCUGCAUGGAGCGGGCCCUUGCCUUCUUCGGACACAUUAUGCGAUCUUCCAGGCAUAGUCUCAAAGAGCUUAUAAUACUGGGUCAAGUCGAAGAGAAACGCGCCAAAGCAACGACCCGAGCAACUUGGUCUGAUGUCAUCAAGAAUACAGUCGUGAGUGUGGAUGCGGUCCUGGGUGGACGGGAGUUCCCUCCUGGAUUCACAUUUGGAGCAGCAACAGCCUCUUAUCAGGUCGAAGGUGCUUGGAAUGUGAGCGAUAAAUCUCCAAGUAUUUGGGAUACUUUUGUACACACCUACCCAGAAAAGAUCGUUGAAAAUGCAACGGGAGACGUAACCUGCGAUAGUUACAAUAAUUAUAAGAAGGAUAUUGAACUUGCAAAUGAAAUGGGCUUACAUUUCUAUAGAAUUUCAAUUUCAUGGCCUCGGUUGUUGCCAACUGGUUUCCCAGACAAAAUCAGUGAAGAUGGAAAAAGGUUCUACAAUAACGUCAUCAACGCGCUUCUUGAGAAGGGAAUUCAACCAGUAGUCACGCUUUAUCAUUGGGACUUGCCGCAAUCGUUACAAGAUUUGGGUGGCUGGACGAAUCCUCUUAUAGCUGAUUGGUUUGCCAAUUACGCUCGUGUUGUUUUUUCUCUCUUUGGAGAUAGUGUGAAAACCUGGAUAACUCUGAACGAACCUGUAACCUUUUGUGAAGUAUCUUACAACAAUGGUCUUCAUGCUCCAGGACACAUUAGUCCUGGAUUUGGCAACUACCUUUGUAACAAAAACGCUAUCCUCGCUCACGCUAAGGCUUGGAGAAUUUACGACAAGGAGUUCAGGACAAAAUAUAAUGGAAAAGUAUCCAUCUGCAAUCAUCUUAUCUGGCUUGAACCUCACACUGAAAGCGACGUAGAAGCAGUAGCAAAGGCAAGACAACUCAUGGUGGGAAUGUAUUCUCAUCCAAUAUUCUCCAGCGAAGGUGGUUGGCCACCAGUAAUCGAGAGGAUCGUAGCAGAGAAGAGCAAGAAAGAAGGCCUACCCUAUUCAAGACUGCCGCCUUUUACUCAAGAAGAAAUCAAUUUAGUUAAAGGGACUUACGACUUUAUGGGUUUCAACUACUACAGCUCAAGGACUGUGAAGGAGGCGAAAGAAGGUGAACAAAUUGGGCACUGGCCCUAUUAUGGUGCACCAGAUAUAGAUGUACAUCUUAGUUCGAGACCUGAAUGGAAGAAGACAGAUGCUUGGUGGUUCUAUCUAAAUCCUAAAGGCAUCCGCCAACAGCUAGCAUGGAUAAAGAGAGAGUACGGAGACAUUGAAAUUUUGAUCACUGAGAAUGGUUUCGCCAGCGCUAACCAUGGAAUUGAUGACCAGGAUCGAGUCCAAUAUUUUAAGGAUCAUUUGGAACAGAUUCUUCUCGCUAUUAAGGAAGACGGAGUCAAAAUAACUGGUUACACAGCUUGGUCGUUACUAGAUAACUUCGAGUGGGGUGAUGGUUAUAGUGUAAAAUUUGGAUUGUAUCAAGUGGACUUCGAAGAUCCAGAACGAAAGCGCACGCCUCGAGCAUCCGCGCGCUACUACGCUAGCGUUAUCAAGAGUCACUCAUUAGAUGUUGAUGAUAAAAUUACUGAUGAACUGUAAAUUACGUUUUUUAAGAAGCAUAUAAUUAGAAAUAUAGUAUUUCUUCUUUAUGAUUGAACAAAUUAUUUAAA